CGCACAACCAACUGUCCACGUAGAAGUUUUCGUCGCUGAUAAAUAACCUCGAUGUUGGGUCAAACAUUUCACUUGAGGACAUGAUGAGGUGUCAAGUGUUUCUUCUUCUGCUCGUUCCUAUUCAGGUUUUUACUUUUGACUUUUCUUCACGUUGGCAAACCGGAAAUGGAAACGAAAGUCAAGCGCUGGCCGAUGAUGGCGAUGACGCGUGGCCAACCUUGGACAAGGAGAGAAUGCUGCCUCGCGACGGCAUUUCUGGUCGGAUCAUCGGCGGCACCAACGCCAUCCUGUCCCAGUUUCCGUUCUUCGCACUUAUUCAUCACAACUCCAACCCGCAGUGCGGCGGCUCGUUGAUCUCCACAGAGUGGGUCAUGACGUCGGCCCGGGGCCUUCAGGGGACACAGCUGAAUAGCUACGUAAUAUAUUUGGGAAAUUUGGCGAGUCAAACGCCGUUCUCGUCAGGGUACGUCAUGGUGGUGCCAAUCGCCAUUUUCGUCCACGAGCUGUACACCGCGACCAAUUACCAAAACAACAUUGCCCUGCUGCAAAUCCCCGCAGUCACCUUGACGGCCAACAUCCAGCCGGUGACGCUCGCCCUCGACGCCACCAACAAUUUCAACGGCCAGGUCGCCACCCUCAUGGGAUUCGGAAAAAUUGCCGACACCGGAGGUUCGGCGUCCUCAACGACUCUGAGGUUUAUUGACAUAACUGUGAACGACGGGACACUGUGCACGUCAGCCUUCGGAUCUGGGUCUUACACAAGCUCCAACCUUUGCGCAAAAGAUCCCAAUGGCGUGAAAGCGCCUUGCGGGACACGAGAUUACGGUGAUCCACUGGUGUACCUUGAUGGAAGCAACAAUUGGAUACAAAUUGGUAUUGUAUCCGAUAUCUCAAACCAAUGCUUGGCAAAAGCGACGAGCUUCACGCGCGUUGCUGCAUUUACAGCGUGGAUUGCAUCAAAAAUGCCAACAACUACAUCCACAACAACAACCCCAACAACAACAACAACACCUACAACAACUACCACAACACCAACGACGACGACUCCCACAACAACAACGACGUCUCCAACUACAGCAGCACCUACCACAACCACAACUGAGCCAACAACAACGACUCCCACAACAACAACGACCCCCACAACAACAACGACGACUCCAACUACAGCAGCACCUACCACAACCACAACUGAGCCAAUAACAACCACAUCGGACACAACUACACCCACGGCAGAGCCUACAGCACCACCAGCAGAGUCAACAACCACAUCAGAUACGACUACACCUACAGCACCACCAGCAGAGUCAACAACCACAUCGGACACAACCACACCCACAGCAGAGCCUACAGCACCACCAGCAGAGUCAACAACCACAUAUGAUACGACUACACCUACAGCAGAGCCAACAGCACCACCAGCAGAGUCAACAACCACAUCGGACACAACUACACCCACGGCAGAGCCUACAGCACCACCAGCAGAGUCAACAACCACAUCAGAUACGACUACACCUACAGCACCACCAGCAGAGUCAACAACCACAUCGGACACAACCACACCCACGGCAGAGCCUACAGCACCACCAGCAGAGUCAACAACCACAUAUGAUACGACUACACCUACAGCAGAGCCAACAGCACCACCAGCAGAGUCAACAACCACAUCAGAGAUAACUACACCCACAGCAGAGCCUACAGCAGCAACAGCUCAGCCAACAACAACUACAGUAGCAGUACCGCCAGUGCCGCAACCUGGAAACUGUUCGUUUCCCAGUUACAAGAAAAUGUUCAAGUGUUGCAAGAACGGGCCUAAAAGUCUGGUUUCCAGCAAAAACUCUAAGACCUCGUGCAGCUCGACCAACGGAGCUUUGAACGCGUUCAACGUCUUCUCGCUGAACAAGCAGCAACUUCUCCUCAAUUCUCCGGCCAACUCGAUCCGCUUCCAAAGUCAACAGGUCAAACUGGCCUUUGGCAAAGACGCCUGCUUUGUCAAUUGUUACUUGAUGAAAAAGAAGAUCAUGUCUGCGCAAUACGUAAUCGACGAGACCAAGCUGGCCAAAUUUCUGACCGCCAGACAAACGUGCAGCUUUUGGAAAAAGACUAUUUCAGCCGCAGCGUCCGAAUGCAUUUCCACUGUCGGAGCACUUGACAUUCCCGACUUCAUCUGGCAAAAUCAAAAUUGCCCUGGAAAUGCGUUCGUCGUGGUGCAGUGCGUCCUCCUCAGAACGAUCCACAGCUGCCCGAACACAGUAUCGAGCAUUUCGUGCAUAACAAGGUACCAACUGUUCAACAAGUGCUACCCAAACAUUCUUACUCAGGCAAUAUGAAUGAUGAUUACGAAGGCCUGGUCUGAUACAUUGAAAAUUUUGAUUCAGUCCACAAUUUUGUGUUUCAUAUAUUUGUGUAUUUUUUUUUAUAGCGAGUUUUUUUUAAUCUGUAUGAAAAAGUAAAUCUUUGGUUCGGUUUUUAAGUUUUGAACCAUAAAUAACUUUGCACGAAAGAAUUGAUUUUCCUUUUAAAGACCCAGCACUCCAUUAUUCUGAAGGGUUGUAAUUUUAUGAAAAAUUUUUCUAAAAAAUAAAAUGACAUUGCAUCAAUGAUGCAGGCAGAA